AUGAAUUGCGAUAGUAUGGGGUCAAUUUCGUUCGCUCUCGACAAACUACCGUUGUCAAAAAGCCAAAAUCGGCGCAGAUUUCCUGUCCCCGUUGCGAAUGUGGUAGCGAAAAUCGGACUUUCGGAAUCUGCGGAUGUAUGUGUGGUUGCUAAAGGCGCUACGGUUGUUUUGGUGGUAACUGUGGUCGUUUUAGUUGUCGCGGCUAUUUUUGUACUGACUGUAGUUGUUGCGGGGGUUGUGGAUAAUUCGGUGCUGGUAAUCGUUGCUGUUGUUAUAGGUAUUCCAAAUGUAGUUGUAGUCAAUAUGGUUGUUGCUGUGGGUGUUUCGGUGAUAAGUACUGUUGCUACUGUUGUUGUAGGUGUUUUGCGAGUAGUUGUUGUCACUACGCUUGUUGCAGACGACGCAGUCGUAGCCACAGUCACAAUCGUUGUGGGUAUUGUAGCGGUAACCAGAGCAACUAAGUUUGUCACAGGUAUUUCAGUAGUAGUCACAGUCGCUGCGGUUGCUGUAGGCAGUUGGGUAGUUGGUGUGCCACUGAUUUUGCUAGUACUUCUAGCAGAGCUUGUGAAAGACGGCUCACCUCCCCACGAUGCACCUGUUGAUCCGGACACAUCGCAACUUCCCGUAUUACAGGUUGCUGAAUCACUAGCUGAACCAGAGCAAUCACCGCGUUGA